UUGUGGCUGCAGAAAAAAUACACAGGAGUGGGGGCGGCCAUUGAGUAUGCGGUGUUGCAUCUGAAGGUGGAGAAUAUUGUGGUCAUUGGACAUAGUUGCUGCGGUGGUAUAAAAGGGCUUAUGUCUAUCCCAGAUGACGGGACCACUGCUAGUGAUUUCAUCGAGGAUUGGGUCAAAAUCUGUUCAUCUGCAAAGUCUAAGGUGAAAACAGAAUGCACCGAUUUGAGUUUUGAGGAGCAGUGCAAAAACUGUGAAAAGGAGGCUGUGAAUGUAUCUUUAGGCAACCUGUUGACAUAUCCAUUUGUGAGAGACAGCGUGGUGAAGAAGAGCCUGGCUUUGAAGGGUGCACAUUACGAUUUUGUCCAUGGGAGUUUCGAGCUCUGGGAUCUUGACUUCAAAAUUUCACCAACUUCAGCUGCAUGAGCAUUCAGCUGCCGUCUCAUGUCAUGUCCGGUGUCCCUGCCCUAAAUUACGUCGUAUCUUACCUUGCUUAUCUAUAAAUGUCCUCAUAAAUAAUGUUCUCCAAAAGAUAAGAUAGUAUCUGGCCUGUAUUUGCCUUGAAUAAUUUAUGAUUUUCCCCUUCCAAAUGUAAUUUCUUCAUCUUCUUU